UUCGAAAUCAGUACUCAUUAAAUAAACAGUGCAGUGCGUCAGAUUUGGAGAUCGUCCUGAAACAUGCUGAACAAUCUGGGCUCUGUCGGGAUUAAAGAAAUGUGCGGUGAAGACAUAAAAAGGCACCAAAGUGAUCUCAAAAUACUCGAUCAAUCCCGCAUAGGUGGAUUAUGCGACGGUGGCUUAUCAGGCAUCGGAAGUUCACUUAGCAAUAGUUCAAACGAUGGUGACAAACCUUCCAAGCAGAAAAGGCACAGAACGCGGUUCACUCCGGCUCAGCUCAACGAGCUGGAACGAUGCUUCUCCAAAACGCAUUAUCCCGACAUUUUCAUGAGAGAAGAAAUUGCUAUGAGGAUUGGAUUGACUGAGUCUAGAGUGCAGAAUAAUCUUUCUACGCUCUUUAUAAAUGUGUUCAGAAAUUUUGAAGUUUAUAAAUUUAUCAGUUUUGAAAUUAGGGACGAAACAAAGGUUCCAAUUUCAACUUUAACAAGUAGGAAUUUAACUUUUAUUCUCUCUAUCUUUAACAGCUGUUAA